AUGUGCUACGACGGCUACGUGUCCAUCUGCAAACCCCUGCACUACGGGACCCUCCUGGGCAGCAGAGCUUGUGCCCACAUGGCAGCAGCUGCCUGGGCCAGUGGCUUUCUCACUGCUCUGCUGCACACAGCCAAUACAUUUUCCCUGCCCCUGUGCCAUGGAAAUGCCCUGGGCCAGUUCUUCUGUGAAGUCCCCCAGAUCCUCAACCUCUCCUGUUCAAAAUUCUACUUCAGGGAAGUUGGGGUUUCUGCUUUUGCUACCUCCUUAGCACUUGCUUGUUUUGUGUUCAUUAUUUUCUCCUAUGUGCAGAUCUUCAGGGCAGUGCUCAGGAUCCCCUCUGAGCAGGGAUGGCACAAAGCCUUUUCCACCUGCCUCCCUCACCUGGCCGUGCUCUCCCUGUUUAUCAGCACUGCAGUAUUUUCCUACCUGAAGCCCCCCUCCAUCUCCUCCCCAUCUCUGGAUCUGUCCCUGUCAGUUCUGUACUCAGUAGUACCUCCAGCCCUGAGGCAGUGCCUGUGGGCAGAGGUGGAGGUCACUCGCAAAAAGAACGAUUUCCACUAG